UGUGAAGGGAAGCUGGAAUCUAGCGUUAGAAGGUGGGCUCUAGCUCUAGGAAGGAGUUUUCUGACCUGGCAUUGGACAUGGGGUGACCAGCAGUACUGUGUGAACAGCCACAUGUUACCACUCUACACCAUGCUUUCCCUGUUCCCUCAAAGUGUGAGCCAAAAUGAACCAUUCUGUUGCUUCUGCUUGGGCACUUGGUAGCAAUGACUGCAGAGUAGCUAAUACAGUUUUCUGGACCAGGAGUGUGGCCAUCCCUCAUUGGUCCAUGUUUUGCUCUGACCUCACAAAGAACCACUGUGAGAAAUGACAGACACCUGCCCAUAUAAUGUACUGCCCGAGGCUGGUUUGGUGUGGAGAGUGGUUUGGUGGUGGUUUGGGAGACGUGGACUGUGGUGAUAAUUUUGGAUUUGGAUACUGGUAACGUUUUGGACUCAGAUUCUGGCAAAGGUUUGGACUUGGAUACUGGCAACGGUUUUGGACUCGGAUAUUGGUGAACCUGCUUGGACUUUGACACGGUGUUGUGGACACUGACCACAAACCAACUGACCUAUCAGCGAAGAUGAAGAGAUGGCAAGUAUGUCAGGACCUCAGGUCUAACACCUUUGAAGAAGCUGCCUUAACAGAACACUAUGAAAUAUUAACAACUCUUGGCCAAGGAACAUUUGGGGAUGUAAAACUGGCGAACCAUCUCGUCACCCAGACUAAGGUAGCAAUAAAAAUCCUCCCCCAAAACAGGAAAAACCCCCUUGUCCAACCUGAAAUUGAAAUCAUGAAAUCCCUUGACCAUCCCCAUAUUAUUAAACUUUUACACAUAAUCGACACCACCAGAAACAUUUUCAUCGUUCUGGAGCAUGCUGUGGGAGGAGAGCUGAUGAACAGAAUUGAAGAGUUUGGCUAUCUAGCAGAGGUGGAGUGCCACAGGCUGUUUAAACAGCUGGUCUAUGCCCUCCAGUAUUGUCAUGAGAAAGGGAUUGUCCACAGGGAUUUAAAGCCAGAAAACAUUUUAUUGGACCACAGAGGAAAUGUAAAGCUUACUGAUUUUGGAUUGGGCACCAAGAUAAUCAUGGGCCAGAAGCUGGUCACGUUCUGUGGAACCCUCCCUUACUGUGCCCCAGAACUGUUUGAAGAUAGAGGGUAUGAUGGCCGGGCCACUGAUGUCUGGAGCUUGGGGGUUGUGCUUUAUUUUAUGGCCACAGGGUGCCUUCCUUUCAAUGGAUAUAGCUAUGAAGCAAUAAAGCAGAAGAUCAUUGCAGGAAAGUACCCUAGGAGUUUCAGUCUGUCACCAGAACUUUGGGAGGUGAUAGCCAAGUUGCUAACUGUCAACCCUGGAGAGAGGCCAACAGUCCAUGACAUUGCCAGAUUUAAGUGGCUAAAGCCUGACAACGAAGCUUCUCCCGCUUCUUUGGGAGAGAACAUUGAGAGUCACCCGGACCCCUCUAUAAUGGUACUCAUGGGUGUCAUGGGAUACAAUCCAGGAGAGAUAAGAGAAAGUUUGCGGGAGAAAAAAUUCGACCAGGUGAUGGCUACUUAUUUAAUGCUCAAACAACAGUCAGCCUGGGAAAACAAGACAACAAAAAAACCAGAUCCAAGGCUAUGUGAUAGAAUGUUGAGAAGCACAGAGCCAACCAUAAAAAACCAAACAGCUGUAAGGAGGGCAUCUAGUGUGCCUACACAUUCCACUUUCAGUUUGCCCAAUGAAUCAGAAAGUCUUGAAAAGGGAAAGAGAACUACAAUGAGCCACUCUAUGCCACCCACGCGGAACUGCUUCAACGAGGAGACAACUCCACUCCACAGUAUCUGCCCCCAGCUUGUCCAGAAGGCUCACUACAGGAGGAGCAUCUGGGGGGAGACAGAGAUCAGUGACACCUCAGAAGAAAGCUCUACUGGAGAGUCUUUGGAACAUCCAUCACUGAAAAUCCACACCCUCCAGACAUCCAUGGGUGUGUCCAAAGCUGGAUCUACCUAUUCAAAGAGCAAGGGGUCUUCACAGUGUGUUUCUUCUCAUCAUACCUCUGUGGAAGAAGACCAGUGUGAGGGCACCAACAUAUCCAGAGAGAUCAACCCACCUCUUUCACCAGUCUCGCCUCAGGAGAACCUCAUGGGACAGCUCCACAUUGUGACUACAGCUGGGUCAAUGGACAUCAUGAACACACAAGUUACAUCACCUCCAUUCUCCAGGAAGGAGGCCAAGGGUGAGGGUCCUGCUAUACAACAGAGAGAGUCCAGACCAUCCUCCCCAAAUACACUCCAGGGACACCUCCAUGGCAGGCAUCAGACUGCGCCCCAGGCCCCCUUUCAAAGACGGGUCUGGAGGACCCUGAGGAAUGGUUUAAUCAGAGGCCUGCGAACUUUAUGUUGCUGCCUGCCAAUCGAAAAGAGAGUGCACCCGACCAACAACAGAGACCUGGCUGUGAGUCAAAAGAGCCAGGGAGGUAGCCAUGGUAUCAGAGCAUUUAGAGGCACUGUGCUCCCUGAAAAAUGAUACCAGAGAGCGAAGAGCAGCCUACUGAGGAUGCACACAGGUUGGUUCAUGUUGGCUGGUGAUUCCACAGUUUUGCCAGCCAAGCAAAGUACUCCAUAGAUCUCAAUAAUUCUGGAAACAAGGUACCAUGACAUGCAGGUCAUCAUCGGAAAACCAAACCUCAGAGGAACUUCCAGGCAUGUAGAGAUCAUCAGCUGCCUGUCUCCAGAUGUACCCAUGGGACGUUAGAAGAGCAAGUGGACACUGGAAGCAGAGUUCGACCCCAGAGUGUCUGAUCUGAUCUACUUGUGCUUCUGUCCAAGAUGACUGGUGCUUACCGGUUUGGAGCCAGAAACAGAGCAAGGAGAGUGCAGAGAAUGUCCAUCUUGUGUUCAUAAGCAAGGUAGAGUGGACAUGAACAGGAGCCAUGUGAAGCCAAAUCAUGUCAUGGUGCACACUACCCCAGGGCAUCCGAGAGCUUAAAAGGUAAAGUCCACCAACUGUGUUUUGAGUGGAGCCAAAGUGAAAUAUGAAGUGUUUAAUAGUUGAAGCCGGAGCAGGACCUGUUUCCAAGCAUGAUCAUGGAUAACAACCUGUUGUAAGAAAACAAGUUAAGACCCUCUGGUCUGAAAGCAGGGUUUUCCUUUGGGUGGGUUAUGGUCUCCUGCUACCUUCUACCACCUAAGAAAACUUAGGGAAUUAAGUCAUCAGAUUCACACUCCUCCUUAUGCCCACAUGCUAGUAUAUGCUGUCUUUCUUAUUUUCAACAGUAUCUCACAAGAUCCAAGCUGUUUUCUUUCUGAUACUCCAUAGGGAUGUUGCUGCUAAUGCAGCUAUGUGUCUCCAGCCAAGACUAGUGCCUUUACUGCCUGAAUGGCCUCUUGCUGGGGCCCCAAAGGACUCCUAGGAACACACUCAACAAGGGACAAAGUCUGAGAACAGUUUCAUCUGCAUGGUGAACAGUGCAGGAGAUGCCUGCCAAGCCCUAACACAGUAGACUGAAGAUGGCCACACAGGUUAUGCUUCCUUGCUCAUGCCAUGGGAAAGGCAUGAUUGGCUAACAAUUGGUAAUCUUACCAAACCCCUGUUUUCAGGUCUCAUUGAUGGAAGAGUGUCCUGCUGAUUGGUAGGGAAGUGGCACGGGAGACAGAGGUGGCAUCAGCAGCCAGGUGGACUGGGAGCAAGAAGAGAAGGAAAACGUUUUCUCAUCUCAGGAACACCCAGCACCUUACCAUGACCCUCUGUUGUGCAAGAAGAUUAUAAGAGGCAACUUGGGGAACUUCCUCACUGGGGCAAAGUUCCUCUCUCUCCAGCAGAAGUCAAGUGAUCAGGGCAUUGUGUGGCCGAGUGAAUAUCAACCAUUGAGGAUAUCCACAGAGAUCUGGGUGUAAGAUCUGCUUAGGCAGUAGUGUCACCAAGAGUAUCAUAUACUGGAAACUGGACACAAAUUGUGUGGUUUAAACAACUCGGAAUACACAGACAAUUUUGUAUGUACAGUAAACUUUCUGUGUUUGAACUGUG